GUCGCACGUGCCUCCGAGCUUGACAUCGGCUGAACCCGCACCCUGGUGCACCAGGCGCCUGGCUGAUUUUAUGUGGGUCCUUUGGCGCCCCCUCCAAGUUAAAAGGCGGCUGCUGGCCAACGUUGGAAGGCUUGGGGCGCCCAUCAAGCACGCAAACUUCUUUGUUCUCUUCCAACAAACGCCGCUCCGACAUCUCCGCCCUCCCCGGAAAUCCUUGCAGAAUUUUCCUCGAUUUUUUCCACAGCACCACGAUCAACAACAGUCCCCCGAAAUUCCAGUUCAGUGGAGACUUUUGAUACACUUGCGACAAGCUCGCAAGCUAAUUUUGCUGGUUCUCAAUGCCUUGGCGGAAAUACUUCGUGUGAGGCUGGGGAGGGUCUACGCAAAUCGUAGUAAUUAGGUUCCGUCGCCACGGCGCAUCCGUCACGAUGCCGAUUCUCGACUUGAUUGCGUCCAUCACGGGCGAGAAACCGUCAGCGCCUUCGACCCCGGCAUCUCGCCCGAGCACGGCGUUGCCAAAGCGAAAGGCGGAGGAUGAUAUUCGGCCGGCAGGGGCCAAGGUGGCCCGCGUUGAUUCGCUAUCAGAGAGGUCCUCGAGGCCGAACGGCAAUUCGCCAAGGCCAUCGCCUCGCCCUGCGGAUCGGGUGCCUGGCGGUGCCAGCGACAAGCCAAUCUCGAAGCCACGACCUGCCUCGGACAAGAGGACGUCGAAUGACAAGCCCAGUGCGUCCCAAGCUCGGGCUGGCAGUGCUGGGACGAGACCUGCAAAUGGCAACAAACCAUUGCCUUCUCGACCGGCACCCAGCCGGCCGAGCCCCACGGACUCUGGUCCGCCGAAAAAGCGGUCCUAUGCUGAGAUCAUGGCACGGGCAAAGGCCAACUCGGAGCACAGGGAGUCUCUUGGAAAGAUCCAGCACAAGACGGUGGAGCGGAACAUGACCAUGAAAGAGCGUAAGGAAAUGAAGGUGGAAGACGCCAAAAAGGCGAAGACAGGUACGAGGAAAUCGACGACUGGCCGGACGGGCCCUGCCAGCGCGUCUUUCCGUGACGCCGCAAAGCCCUCUGGCACGCGGAACAGCCUGCCACCCGGAUCGACAAAUCCCAAGAAGGGGGGACCCGUUGAAGAGAAGAAGGUCAAGAAGGCCGCCUUGGCGACGACGGGGUACACCGGUACUGCACGGCCGCGUCCCGGCUCGUCGACCGUGACCAAGUCCGGCGCCACGAGCCGCCCGAGCUCCGAAAGCCGGCCUCGUGAACGACCUCGAUACGGCGGCCCGCUCUCGUCCUCGCGGAGGGAUCGCGAGGAAGAGGAGGAGAUGGACGACUUCAUCGUCGAUGAUGAGGACGAGGACGAAGCGCCCGGCUAUAAUAACACCGGCCGGCAGUAUCGGUACGACUCGUACGAAGAGGAGUCGGAUAUGGAGGCUGGCAUUUCCGACAUCGAGGACGAAGAACAAGUGGCCGACCGCCAGGCCCGGCGGGAGGAUUUCGAGCAAGAGGCUCUGGAGAAGCGGCUAAAGCGAGAGAAGGAGGAACGGAGGCGCAGGUUCCUCGACGCCACCAGGUCCAAGGCUGGUCGCUAAUCGUGUCGAUGGUGGCACCCGGAUCCGGAGCUGGCUGGCGGGAUGCAUGGAGUGGGCGGUGCAAGCAACAGAGUGGCAAGGUGCAUUCUAUCUUCUGCUGGGUGAUGGUGUUUUCUGGGAACUACUGAAGGUUUUGGCGUUAAUAUUACUAGAGGGGCAAGCAUCGACAUUUCGCAUCAGCAUCAGGAGUCCAUAGGCGGGUGGCGGGUUGGUGCCAGCCAUAUUAAGCAAGCGUUUGUAUUCAAAUGUAUUCAUUUAGUUUGUAAAUCGCAUCCCAUACAAGUAGCAGUCGUUUCCAAGU